AUGGAAGAAGAAUACUCAACAAGAGAGCUUGAAUGGUUCGACAUAGAAACAAAGAUGCGUGAGCUCAUGCAACAGCAGCUGGAGCCUGUCCUUUCAAAAGCAAGAGAAGACCGAGAAACGAAUGCGAGGUUAAAAAAUAUUGUAGUUCAGUUAGAAGACAGAAUUAAAGAGUUAGAGCUAUCUGUUUUAGGCGAUCAGCCUUUUGAAACUGUCAUAGAUAGCAUUAAAAACAAGCAUACUGAAUUAGAAGGCAAUCGGAAGAAAGAUGCAAUAAUAGUAAACCAAGAAUUCUCAGGAAUUAAAGAAAUCAUAAAAUCCUUUCAGUUUCAGCUGGGUGGCUUCCAAGAAAUGCUCAAUAAUUUCGACGAAUUAAGCAAAAGCACUCGAAAUGAAAUCAAUCAAAUGAGGAUGGGUAUUGAUGCUAACCAACAAUUAGUCAUGAAUGAAUUUAACGGUGUAAACGCAAGAUUUCAAGAAAUGACGAAGGCAUAUAUAGAUUACAAUCUUAGAGCUGAGGAAAAAGCAAAUAGAUCGCUUAUUAAAUCAUCUGAAAAUUCUAUAGAAAUUGCAAGUUUAAGAAAAGAUGUUAAUUCUUUGAGAGCGGAAACUGGAGGACUGCUCUCAUCAAUGGAAGACCAAAAUUAUAAUAAGCUCAGCAUUGCUACUUUUAAUAUAGAAAAGGCUCUGAUUGAGCAAAGAUUUGAGAGCUGUAAAGAGAAAUUAGAUAAAUUCAAUGAUGAAUUAAUCAAGAGAGAUUCUUUUAUUGACAAGUAUAUUCCUCUGAAAAUCGCUACCAUUGUUUCUGAUUAUAUGCAUUCUUCACUUGAUUUAUUGGCGCGAAAACGAAUCGCUGAGUUUGAGAUGAACUUUUUAAGAGACCUAAAUUCUGAAGCAUUAAUAGAAAGAGGGGUGGAGCCAAGAGAAAUCCAAGUUACAAAAAUCCUUGAGGAUAUGAGACAUAUUGAACAAAGAAAGGUUGACCUUCUCAGUGAUAAAAAAUCUAAAAGACAAAACUCAGCAAUGAGUUCUCAGAGGGCUUUAUCAAAUCCUUCUGAUCCUGAAAGCCCAAUAAAUAUGCAAAAUGUAAAGGCACCUCUCCCACAAAUUGAAGAAGUCGAGGUUAAUCCAGCUAACCAAAUCUAUAAUAUUGAAAAUAUACAAGAAAUAGUUGAAAAAGUAUUUGAAGAACAAUUUGAGCCCCAUAUUUUAAAAUUCAGGUUUGAAAUCAAAGAUAAGUUUGCAAUGAUGCAAAAAAUAAUCAAGACUGGUGACGACCAAUGUAUGGCUCUUGCAAACCAUUUGAUUGAAGAAAUUGAAGACCUCAAUAAAAAAGUCAAAAAAGAUAGAGCUGACUUCGAAGCAAACACUGCAGAAUCUAGGGAAAAACAUAAUAAAAUAGAUGAAAAUUUGGAAAAAAUAGAAAAUUCUUUAAGCAACACUGCUCAAAUGGUCGUCUGUCUUGUUGAAUGUGCUCAGAUUCAGCAAGCUUUGGAAGCACAAGAUGAAGAAGAUCGCCAUUCAAUGGCUCAAAACUAUGAAAGGGACCUUCAAAAUGAGCUGGUCAUGAGCAAGCCUAAAUAUUCACCAGAGCCUUAUAGCUCAACUGUACCUUCUGCCAAUUUUUCACUCCAAAAAAAAUGCCUUGGGUGUGGAAAUACAACUUCAAUUAUUUCAGGUUAUCGGACAUCUAUAAUGUAUAAGCCGACGCCGCUCUUUUAUAGAAAUAAAAAGCUUGAUAGGCCUGAACUUAUAUCAUUAAAAGGAAAUAUUAUUAAAAGAUGCUGAGAAUCAGUAUCCCCAGCAAUGCCAUGAAAGCAAAACGACUUUGAACAAAUCAUAUUGGACGCUUCUAAAAAUUGAAAUAAAAGGAAUAUAAGUAAUGAAUCAACGCUCUCUGAGCCUCUUGGAAGAGAGGCUUUGCCAAUGCUUGUAUCACCUGCAAAUCGAUCGUUUAGCAACUCUCGAAGGAGUAAACUAACAAGCUAUCGUUAG